AGUGAAGCCCUAUUGAGUCAGGUUGGAACGUGACCAUGGCAUCCAGAAGCAGCUCCGGUGCUCAGCAGAGAUCGUACCACUGCUCAGAAUGUGGGAAGAGUUUUAAACGAAAAAUCGUCCUCCAAACACAUCAGCUCAUUCACACAGGGGAGAAGCCCUAUCGGUGUCCGGACUGCGGGAAGAGUUUUACUAAGCAGUGCUCUCUGCAAGUGCACGAGCGCAUCCACACCGGAGAGAAGCCGUAUAACUGCUCGCACUGCGGUAAGAGUUUUAGCGACAGAGGAAACUUCAGAGCACACCAGCGCAUUCACACCGGAGAGAAGCCGUAUGAGUGCUCAGAGUGCGGUAAGACCUUUUAUCAGAAGAGCAACCUGCAGCGACACCAGCACAUUCACACGGGCGCCAAGCCGUACCGCUGCUCAGACUGCGGGAAGAGUUUUACUCGACCGAACUAUCUCCAGCUGCACCAGCUCGUUCACACAGGAGACAAACCCUAUCACUGUUCGCACUGCGCAAAGAGUUUCAGCGACAAGGGUCACCUCCAAAUACACAAGCGUAUCCACACGGGAGAGAAGCCGUUUGCCUGCUCGGAGUGUGGGCGGAGUUUCAGAGAUAAAGCGACCCUUAAAAAACACGAACGCAUUCACACAGGAGAGAAGCCGCAUUCCUGCUCAGAGUGUGGGAAGAGUUUUAAUCGAGAGCGAAGUCUCCGACUGCACAGAUAUAUUCAUGCGGAAGAGAAGCCGUAUCUCUGUUCGGAGUGUGGAAAGAGUUUUACUCAGCCGUACAUCCUCGAGCUUCACCAGCGCAUUCACACAGGAGAGAGGCCGUACCAGUGCUCAGAGUGCGGGAAGAGUUUUACUCAGCAGGGCCGUCUGAAACUCCACCAGAGCGUUCACACAGGAGAGAGGCCGUAUCACUGCUCUGAGUGUGGACUGAGUUUCAGAGAAAAGGCUGCCCUUAAAAAACACCGGCGCAUUCACACGGGAGAGAAGCCGUAUCACUGCUCAGAGUGUGGGCAGAGAUUUAGAGACAACAGUGCCCUCAGAAAACACCAGCGCACUCACACGGGAGAGAAGCCCUACUACUGUUGGGAGUGCGGGAAAUGUUUCGCUCAGCAGAGUAGUCUCCAGAAACACCAGCUCAGUCACCGAGCGCUGAAGCCGUACACCUGCUCAGACUGUGGAAAGGGUUUCAGUCAACAGAGUCGUCUCCAACGACACCACUGCGUUCACACGGGAGAGAAGCCGUAUCUCUGCUCAGAGUGUGGGAAAGGUUUUUGUGACAAGUGUAGCGUCACAAGACACCAGCGCAUCCACACAGAAGAGGAGGCAUAUCACUGCCCAGAGUGUGGGAAAGGUUUCAGAGACAGAAGUACUCUGAAAGGACACCGGCGCGUCCACACAGAUGUGAAGCCCUUCCACUGCUCAGAGUGUGGGAAGAGUUUCAAGAACAGUGGUACCCUCAAAAGACACCAGGUUGUUCAUACAGAGAGAAGCCCUAUCAUUGUCCACAGUGUGGGAUGAGCUUUAGAGGCCGUGGUAACCUCAACAGACACCAGCACAUCCAUACAGGAGAGGAGCCUUAAGCUUCAGGUAUUUGAAAAAGUAGUGAGAUGAAAAUUUGUGGUACAUGAAUUUGUCAAAUUGAAAAGAACAUGAAGCACCAACAAGAGAUGCGUGUGUGGAAUGAGGCAAGCAUCCAGCACCAAGCGCCAGCAAAAGCCGUAGACACCACAGACAACCCUGCACAUGAGUCACAAGCAUUGACAAAGGACACAGGUAGCGCAGGAAGUCCCAGACCUGAGCACCAAGUGUCAACGAGAGUCAUGGGUAGCACCAGAAAUCCCACACACAAGCCCUGAGGCUCCAUGGGGUGCGGAAUGAAGCACUUAAGCCAGAAGUGCUGACGAGCCACAGGUACCCCAGAAGUCCCGAACUUGAGCCCCACGUGCCGAAAAGAGCCACAGGUAUUGCUGGAACUUUUGAACCCAAGCAUCGAUGAGAGCUUUGCGCAGUGCCGUAAGACCUGAGCCUCAAGCACUGAUGAAAGCUGUGAGUAGUGCCGGAAAUCCCAAACCCGAGCCUCAAGCAUCGACUAGAGCCGUGGGUAGCACCAGAAGUUCCGAACCUGAGCCCUCAAGUGUCGACGAGAGCCAUGGGUAGCGCUGGAAGUCCCAAACCCCAGCCCCAAGUCUCAAUCUGUAGAUUGAGACAAUCCGUCUCAAGCUGUAAGUGCUGUAUGUGCCUCACAUGAGCCUCAAGUGUCAAUGUCCGAAGGUCCCAAACCAAAUAUAUUUACCCUAUUUUAAACUUUGUAAUUCUUAGUAGUUUACAUUUCAUUUUGCCAUUUUUUACUGGUUUGAUAUGUUUUACCUUUUUAUUUUGGUGCUUAUUACUCUUUUUAGUCCUUUGUUCUGUGUUCUAAUGCUCAGCUGUGUUGCAAAUGAGGGUCACCUUCAGUGCACUCCGAGCUUAAAUAAAGGUUGAUUGAUUGAUUUAGAUUUGUGUAUAUGUUUUACUGCAUGCAGUUUUAAUUUUUAAGGAUUUAUAUAAUUUUUUGUCACUACUUUAA